UGGCCCGUGCGGACACGGACUCGUCGUCAUCCCAGCAGGAGGACACACACCGUCCAGCGAGAGACGCAGGGAUUCCAGCCCGACAACCUGUCAGCCUUUUCGUGCAACGGGAUCCAGCGUUCCUAUAGAAACAAGUGGAGUAUAGAAAUAUAAUUUUAUUUUCAAAAAAAUUCUCACACGAAUAGAUUUCCCUGCGCGCUGACGCGCGCUCUCUUACAUCACCGGCCUGAGACUGAGUGCGAAUGAAUCAUCCUUAAAGCGGAGAGAUGCUGCGCGAGUAGCUGUGCGAUCUCGGAGCUUCGGGAAAACUAAAUGUGCACCAUGAUGGAAGAAAUCCUGCGCAAACUGCAGAAGGACGCGUCGGGAAACAAGUUCAAAGCCAUCCGAGACGCGUGCGCGGCGGCCUGCGAAUCCCUGGAGGCUCACAAUGGAUCCGUCAAGAUUGCGCCAUCUCAGCUCAGAGAGCGAUGCCUUCUUCCCCUCAGACUGGCUCUGGAGUCCAAGAACACCAAGCUGGCCCAGACGGCUCUCUCCGGGAUGCAGAAGCUGCUGUGUGAGGACAGGUUCGUGGCCGUGGGUUCGGAGGCGCCGGAGAAGCAGCUCCUCAGUCAGGUGCUGGACGCUGUUCGCGUGACGCCCAGCCUCCACGAAGACCUGCAGGUGGAGGUGAUGAAGGUCCUGCUCUGCAUUACGUAUUCAUCUACCUUCGAGAUCAACGGGGAGUCUAUCCUAAGGAUCGCAGAAGUUUGCAUCGAGACAUAUGUGUCCAGCUGCCACCAGCGCAGCAUCAACACGGCGGUGCGUGCCACGCUCAGCCAGAUGUUAGGGGACCUCACGCUGCAACUACGGCACCGCCAGGAGAGCGCGAUGGUGGACGGGGAGGAAGUGUUGGUGCCCACGCUGCAGCGCAAAGACCUCUCCCCGACCACCGAGUCCCUGUCCGAGGACGUCGUUACUGUGCUCACGGUCUUCUGUGACAAGCUGGAGGGGGUCACCAGCGAAAACCAGCUGCUCCAGCUGCUCUACCUGGAGUGUAUCCUGUCCAUGCUCAGCAGCUGCCCCCCUACCAUGCAUCUGCACAGAGGCUUCACUGACCUUGUAUGGAAACAGCUGUGCCCAACCCUGGUGGUGAUUAUGGGGAACCCCAUGAACGACAAGACGAUUACAUCAGCACAUGGUGGCGCCAUCCAGGAGACGGAUCCUCCCUCGGCGGGCGUGUCAGACCAAGGUCGAGGAUCGGGCUGCUCCUCCAGUGCCCCUGCCCUGAUCGGACCUGUGGCCCGGACCAUCUGCUAUGUAGCGGCUGAGCUUGUGCGCCUGGUGGGUUGUGUGGAGUCCAUGAAGCCCGUGCUACAGUCUUUGUACCACCGCAUCCUGCUGUACCCACCCCCCCAGCACCGCGUGGAGGCCAUCAAGAUCAUGAAGGAGAUCCUGGGCAGUCCUCAGCGCCUCUUUGACCUGGCCGGGCCUUGUAUCACCGAACCUGAGUCCAGAAAGAGGUCUUUCUCCAAGAGGAAGUCCCACUUGGAUCUUCUCAAACUGGUGAUGGAUGGAAUGACAGAGGCCUGUGUGAAGGGUGGGAUCGAGGCUUGCUUUGCCUCAGUGUCAUGCGUGUGCGCCUUGCUGGGGGCGCUAGAUGACCUGAGCCAGGGGCGGGGCUUGCACCCGGAACAGGCUCGGCUGCUGCUGCGGCGGCUGGACGAGUUGAAGGAUGGCACGGAGUCUUCCCGGGAGUCCAUGGAGAUCAACGAGGCAGACUUCCGCUGGCAGCGCCGUGUUCUCUCUUCGGAGAAUGCCCCCUGGGAGCCAGGAGCCACUGAGCGCAGCCCAGACAUCAGCAUCAGCGUUACCACGGACACAGGCCAGACCACGCUGGAGGGGGAGCUGGGCCAGACCACCCCGGAGGAAUGCGGGGAGGAGCCCCGCCUGCCGUCCCCCUCCUCCUGUGGUCCAGAUGCGGGACCGGACUUACCCGCUAGUGCGAGAGAGGCGGCAACAGCUGCCCCGGACACCAUCAGCCAGCCUGAUGUAGUGCAGCGGAGUCACGCCCUGGUAUACCCCGACAUCACCAACUUCCUGUCGGUAGAGUCCCGCGCCCGGUCGCAUGGCUCACGCUACAGCGAGAGCAACUUCAGCGUGGACGAGCAGGACCUCUCUCGCACCGAGUUUGACUCCUGUGACCAGUACUCAAUGGCUGCCGAGAAGGACUCCGGGCGCUCUGACGUCUCCGACAUGGGUUCGGACAACUGCUCGCUGGCCGAUGAGGAGCAGACCCCGCGGGACUGUCCUGGACACCGCUCGCUGCGCACCGCCGCUCUGUCCCUCAAAUUGUUGAGGAACCAGGAAGCCGACCAACAGAGCGCCCGGCUCUUCGUCCAGUCGCUGGCAGGACUGCUACCGCGUCUGCUGAGCCUCCAUAGCGCUGCCGACGUCGACGUGUCCCUCCAGAACUUCUCCUCCACCUUCUGCUCCAGCUUGCAGGCAGGUGGCAUCCACUCCCCAGGGUUUGAGGGCAGCGAGAACUUGAGCUGCCAGGCCCUGAUGAAUGCUGACGGACUAUACCUGGUGUCCUACUACGCCCUGUUGCUGAACCUCAAGCUGUGCUGCUGCGAGUACUACCGGAGGAAACCUGCACCCGUGCCGGUCAGCCUGAAAGAGUUUGUGCGGCAGAUCCAGAGCAGUGGAGUGCUUGUGGUGCUCUCCCAGGCCUGGAUCGAGGAGCUCUACCACCAGGUCCUGGAGAGAAACCUCCUGGGGGAGGCUGGGUACUGGGGCUCCCCCGAGGAGCAUUCCCUACCCCUCAUCAUCAUGCUGACAGAUAUUGACGGGCUGGGCAGCAGCGCCACGGGGGGGCAGCUGGUCCGCAGGGCUUCCAUGCAGUCCUCCUUCUACUGUGACAGGAACGCCAGCGACACGGUCAUGGCAGGCAUGGUUUUCGCACGCUUUGUUCUCACGGGAUGCUGGAAGAACCUGAUGGACACACUGUCAACGCCGCUGACAGGCCGCAUGGCGGGCAGCUCCCGGGGCCUGGCCUUCAUCCUAGGGGCCGAGGGCGUGAAAGAGCAGAACCAGAGGGAGAGGGACGCCAUCUGCCUCAGCCUGGACGGCCUCAGGAAGGCGGCGGGCCUCAGCUGCGCGCUAGGUGUAGCAGCAAACUGCGCCUCCGCCCUGGCCCAGAUGGCCGCCGCCUCCUGCGUGCAGGAGGAGAAGGAGGAGAGGGAGAUACUGGAGUGUGGGGACACCAUCGCGCAAGCGAGCAGAAUCCGUGCUGAGCUCUAUAGCACCCCCUGUCUGCCUCUGCCAGUCAAGCAGCGCGUGGAGCAGAGGUUGGAGCAGAUGGGGCGUCCCCAGGGGGUGCGUCUGCACACGGCACACGUGCUCUGCAUGGACGCCAUCCUCAACGUGGGGCUGGAGAUGGGCAGCCAUAAUCAGGACUGCUGGCCGCACGUGUUCAGGGUGAGCGAGUACAUCAGUUCCCUGGAGCACACGCACUUCAGCGACGGCAGCAGCCAGCCCCCGCUGGCCAUCACGCAGGCCCAACAGGCCGUAGACCCGGGCCUGGAGCCCGACGGCGAGCACAGCCCCGAGCGGGAACUCCCCCUGGGCCACCCCGUCAUCCAGCCCCCGUCCAUCCAGGAGCUGCUGAGGGACAGCGGCCGGGGCAAGGGCCUGGACCUGCGGGGGGGCAGCCUGCUCAUCGGGACGGGGGCCGCCAAGGCUGUUUGCACCCUCUCCACCCAGGCCGACAGGCUAUUCGAAGAUGCAGCCAGCAAGCUCAACCUGGUGGGGUUGGUGGGUUUCCUUCAGCAGCUCCGCAGAGCAUCCCAGUCGCAGCUCUUCGAUUCUGUCACGGAGACCGGUGACUACUCCUUGGCCAUGCCAGGCGAGGCCAAGUCGACCCAGGACCGCCGCAGCGCCCUGCACCUCUUCCGCCUGGGGGAGGCCAUGCUGCGCAUCGUUCGGAACAAGACGCGCCCCCUGCUGCACAUGAUGCGAGCCUGGAGCGUGGUGGCGCCCCACCUGGUGGAGGCCGCUUGCCACAAGGAGCGUCAUGUGUCCCAGAAGGCCGUGUCCUUCAUCCACGACGUGCUCACGGAGGUGCUGACCAGCUGGGCCGAGCUGCCCCACUUCCACUUCAACGAGGCGCUCUUCCGGCCCUUUGAGCACAUCAUGCAGCUGGAGCUCUGUGACGAGGACGUGCAGGAUCAGGUGGUCACUUCUAUCGGCGAGCUGGUCGAGAUGUGCUCCCCUCAGAUCCAGUCUGGGUGGAGACCCCUGUUCAGCGCUCUGCGCACUGUGCAUGGGAACAAGACUGACAUCAAGGACUACCUGGUGGGGGAGUACUCCAUGGGGAAAUCUCAGGCCCCCGUGUUCGACGUCUUCGAAGCGUUCAUCAACACAGACAAUAUCCAGGUGUUCGCCAAUGCGGCUACCGACUACAUCAUGUGCCUUAUGAAAUUCAUCAAGGGUUUAGGAGAGGUGGACUACAAAGAGAUCGGGGACUGUGUCCACGGCACUGGGUACAGCUCAACAGACCUGUGCCUUCCUGCGCUGGACUACCUGAGGAAGUGCUCACAGCUCCUUGCCAAGAUCUACAAGAUGCCGUCCAAGCCGGUGUUCCUGGGCGCCCGGCUGGCCAGCCUCCCGAUGCGAGCGCAGGAGAGGUCCGUGAGCAGCGAUGACGGCAUGGACUCGGUGCUGUCGGAGUGCGAUGACGACACCGGCCUGAUUCAGGUGUGGAUUCUGCUCCUGGAACAGCUGACGGCGGCCGUCUCCAACUGCCCCCGGCAGCACCAGCCUCCCACCCUGCAGCUUCUGUUUGAGCUCCUCAGGGAGGUCACCAAGGUGCCAGGUCCGGGGUUUGCCAUAUUUGCCGUGAUCCAGCUCCUCCUACCGGUGAUGUCGUUGUGGCUGCAGCGUAGCCACGGCGACCAUUCCUACUGGGACAUUGCAGCCGCCAACUUCAAGCACGCCAUCGGACUGUCGUGUGAGCUGGUCGUGGAGCACGUCCACAGCUUCAUCCACUCAGACAUUGGGUAUGAGAGCCUGAUCAACCUGAUGCUGAAGGACCUCUUCAAGCUGCUCGUGGCCUGUGUGGCAGAGCCAGCGGAGACCAUCUCCAGGGUGGGCUGUUCCUGCAUCAGGUAUGUCCUGGUGACGGCCGGCCCCGUCUUCACAGAGGAGAUGUGGAGGUUGGCGUGCUGCGCCCUGCAGGAUGCUUUCUCCGCCACCCUGGAGCCCGUAAAGAACCUGUUGGCCUGUUUCCACAGCGGCUCCGACAGCUUCGCCGGUGACGCGUGCGAGGUGAAGGUGGCCGCCCCCUCCCACUCCGCGUCUGCCGAGGCAGAGUACUGGCGCAUCCGGGCCAUGGCCCAGCAGGUGUUCAUGCUCGACACGCAGUGCUCCCCAAAGACCCCCAACAACAAGGAGGGCUUUGAACACGCCCAGUCCUGUGUGCUGAUCAUCGAGCUCCCGCCGGAGCAGCAGUCCAACGGACACACCACAAAGAGGAAAGUUGGGAUCCCCUUCAGGACCAUCGUGGUGAGCCUGCUGUCCCACCAGGUGCUCCUGCAGAACCUGUACGACAUCCUGCUCGAGGAGUUUGUGAAGAACUCGGGUCAGGCGGAGCCGCAGGACAGGGCCACGCCGGUGUCGGAGCCCCGCCUGGGAGGCUUCCUGCGUUACAUAUCCAUGCAGAACCUCGCCAUCAUCUUCGACCUGCUGCUGGACUCGUACCGUACGGCCCGUGAUUUCGACACCCGCCCAGGCCUCAAGUACCUGCUUAUGAAGGUGUCGGGGGUGGGAGGGGCCGCCAACCUGUACCGCCAGUCCGCCAUGAGCUUCAACAUUUACUUCCAGGCUCUGCUGUGCGCCAUGCUCACCAACCAGGAGAACAUCACGGCCGAGCAGGUGAAGAAGAUCCUCUACGAGGAGGAGGAAGGCAGCUCGGACUCCUCGCAGCAGUGCUCCUCUGAGGACGAGGACAUCUUUGAGGAAACGGCGCAGGUGAGCCCCCCGCGAGGCAAGGAGAAGCGCCAGUGGAGGGCCAAGAUCCCGUCGCUUAGCAUCCAGCCGGCGAGUAGCGUGGACUGGGCCUGGCUAGUGCGGCGCCUCCACAAGCUCUGCAUGGACCUCUGCAACAACUACAUCCAGAUGCACCUGGACCUGGAGAGCAGCCUGGACGAGCCGCCGGCCCUCCGGGGAGACCCCCUCUUCUUUCUGCCGCUCUUCCCUUCGGAGACGUCCACGCCCUCCACUGGGGGCGGCCUGUCGGGCCGGGGCACGCCCUCCGAGGACGGCUUCCGCUGCCAGCCGGCCGAGACGCCGUCGGAGGACACGCAGAGCCCCGGGGCGAGCGCCCUGAGGGGCGGGGGGCGGGACGCCGGGCGCAGGAAGGAGUGGUGGGAGAGCGCCGGGAAUAAGCUGUACACCAUCGCCACGGACAAGAGCCUCACCAAGCUGAUGAUCGAGUACAAGAGGCGGAAGCAGCAGCAGCAGAACCUCGGCGCCCUCGUCAAGGAGGCCAAGGCCGCGGAGAAGAGGGCGGAGCCCGUCACGCUCAGGGGCCCCGACUCGCCCGUCCCCCAGAGGCCCCAGCACCUGCUGGACCAGGGUCCCAUGCGGCACUCGUUCAGCGCCGGACCGGAGGUGCUGCGGCAGGAGAAGAGGCCGCGAUCCGGCUCCACGGCCAGUUCCCACAACAUCUCGCUGCGAGACUCGGAGGCACAGAUACAGGCUUGGACCAACAUGGUUCUGACCAUCCUGAACCAGAUCCAGCUCCUUCCGGACCCAACGUUCGUUGCCCUGCAGCCGGCGGUCUUUCCUUGCAUCAGCCAGCUGACGUGUCACGUGACCGACACGCGGGUCCGGCAGGCGGUUAGGGAGUGGCUGGGCCGCGUGGGCAGAGUGUACGACAUCAUCGUGUGAGGUGUCGCCACCAUCGGAGAAUGGGCGUUUGGAAGUUGACUCCACGAACAUUUCUAUUUGACUGCGUUCGACUUUUAGCCUCUAUCUUGCUUUGUCACUUAUAUCAUGUAAGGAAUUUUCAGAUAAUGGGAGUUACCGUGAUUAUUUUCUUACCUAUAUGGAACAGCCAUGUAUUUAAAUAUGAUAUAUUAAGAAUUGUAUGAAAUCAAGUUAUCUAUUUAAUAUUAUAUGUCUGGUUUGCCCUUGAUAUUCACCGAACGGUACCAAAAUGU